UCUCUCUUUCUUCUUUUAGCUCUUUUUUCUCUAUCUAGCUUUUCUCUAUCUAAACUUCAUUUGCUAUUCUUCUUCUUUUCCUUAACCCCACUUCUCUCUCUCUCUCUCUCUCUCCCUCAAUCUCUUUCACCUUUUUCAUUUCUCUCUUUACGAUCUUUUCUCUGUCUGUGCUACUACAGGAAAAUUAAAAAAAAAAAAGAUAAAAAACUGGUUUCCUCCUAGUUUGGAUAUUAGAUUGGAUCUGAGUUGCUUCUUUGUUGGAGUAUCUUCUUCAAAUAUCAGGUGAAAAUUUGUUUCUAUAUUUAAGACAAAGCUGUGGAAGUUCAAAUAAUUGUACAGAAAUAUUAUGGCUGUUUCCAUGAGAGAUUUGGAUUCAGCUUUCCAGGGAGCUGGACAGAAGGCUGGACUUGAAAUAUGGAGGAUUGAAAACUUUCGUCCUGUUCCUGUCCCAAAGUCUUCCUAUGGGAAAUUUUUGAUGGGCGACUCCUAUGUUAUUUUGAAGACAACUGCACUAAAAAGUGGUGCUUUACGUCAUGAUAUUCAUUAUUGGCUUGGAAAAGAUACAUCUCAGGAUGAAGCAGGUGCUGCUGCCAUCAAAACUGUUGAACUAGAUGCAGCCCUUGGAGGUCGUGCGGUACAAUAUCGUGAGAUACAAGGCCAUGAAACUGAGAAGUUUCUGUCUUAUUUCAAACCAUGUAUUAUACCUCAAGAAGGAGGAAUUGCAUCUGGGUUCAAACAUGCUGAGGCUGAAGAACACCAGACACGCUUGUUUGUUUGCAAAGGAAAACAUGUUGUUCAUGUCAAAGAGGUUCCUUUUGCUCGAUCCUCACUCAACCAUGAUGAUAUUUUUAUUCUUGAUACCAAGUCAAAAAUUUUUCAAUUUAAUGGCUCUAAUUCAUCUAUCCAAGAGAGAGCUAAAGCUUUAGAAGUAGUCCAGUACAUCAAGGACACUUAUCAUGAUGGGAAAUGUGAGGUAGCUGCCAUUGAGGAUGGGAAGUUGAUGGCGGAUGCUGAAACUGGAGAAUUCUGGGGUUUCUUUGGUGGUUUUGCUCCACUGCCUCGGAAAACAACCACUGAUGAGGAUAAGACUGUGGAUUCUCAUCCUACUAAGUUGUUCAGUGUUGAGAAGGACCAGGCACAACCUGUUGAGGCAGAUUCUUUGACAAGGGAAUUACUGGACACGAAUAAGUGUUAUAUUCUAGAUUGUGGACUGGAAGUGUUUGUGUGGAUGGGGAGAAAUACCUCACUUGAUGAAAGGAAGAGUGCAAGUGGAGUAGCAGAGGAGUUAGUCCGUGGAGCUGAGCGACCUAAGUCCCACAUCAUUCGUGUAAUUGAGGGAUUUGAGACUGUGAUGUUCCGGUCAAAGUUUGAAUCAUGGCCCCAGACAACUGAUGUAACUGUCUCUGAGGACGGUAGGGGCAAAGUAGCAGCACUUUUAAGACGACAAGGGGUCAAUGUCAAGGGUCUUUUGAAAGCGGCUCCUGCAAAGGAAGAGCCUCAGCCAUAUAUUGAUGUCACAGGAAAUCUGCAGGUUUGGCGUGUGGAUGGUCAGGAAAAGGUUCUCCUUCAAGCUUCAGAUCACUCAAAACUUUAUAGUGGAGAUUGCUAUAUUUUUCAGUAUUCAUAUCCAGGAGAAGACAAGGAGGAAUAUCUUAUCGGAACAUGGUUUGGAAAGAAGAGUGUUGAGGAGGAAAGAGCUUCUGCUAUUUCACUUGUGAGCAUGAUGGUUGAGUCAUUGAAGUUUGUUCCUGCCCAGGCUCGCAUCUAUGAAGGAAAUGAACCAAUUCAGUUCUCUACAAUCUUUCAGAGCUUUAUUGUUUUUAAGGGUGGUCUUAGCACUGGAUAUAAGAAUUAUAUUGCAGAAAACGAACUCCCAGAUGAGACAUAUCAGGAGGAUGGCCUCGCAUUGUUCCGAGUUCAGGGUUCUGGACCAGAUAAUAUGCAAGCAAUACAAGUUGAACCAGUUGCAUCAUCACUGAAUUCCUCUUACUGUUACAUAUUGCAAAAUGACUCCUCUGUCUUUACAUGGUCUGGAAACCUUACAACCUCAGAUGACCAGGAACUUAUGGAAAGGCAACUGGAUCUGAUAAAGCCAAAUGUACAAUCCAAGACACAAAAGGAGGGUUCAGAAUCUGAGCAGUUUUGGAAUUUACUCGGAGGAAAAUCUGAAUACCCUAGCCAAAAAAUUGUUAGGGAAGCUGAAAGUGAUCCUCAUCUUUUCUCUUGCAUUUUCUCGAAAGGAAAUCUGAAGGUGAGUGAGAUAUACAACUUUACCCAGGAUGAUUUGAUGACUGAAGAUAUAUUCAUCUUGGAUUGUCACUCUGAGAUCUUUGUCUGGGUGGGACAACAAGUUGACUCGAAGAGCAAAAUGCUUGCUUUUAGUAUUGGGGAGAAAUUUCUUGAGAAUGAUUUCAUGUUAGAAAAGUUAUCUCGUGAAGCUCCAAUAUUUAUUGUUAUGGAAGGGAAUGAGCCACCUUUCUUCACACGUUUCUUCGCAUGGGACUCUGCAAAAUCUGCUAUGCAUGGAAACUCAUUCCAAAGGAAACUUACAAUUGUUAAAAAUGGCGGUCCUCCAGUUCUUGAUAAACCCAAACGAAGAACACCUGUAUCUCAUGGAGGUCAUGGAGGACGAUCUAGUAGCGUGCCAGACAAAUCUCAGCGUUCCAGAAGCAUGUCUUUCAGCCCUGACCGAGUUCGUGUGAGAGGCAGGUCUCCUGCUUUUAAUGCACUAGCUGCAACUUUUGAGAACCCUAAUGGCAGGAACCUUUCAACCCCACCACCGGUUGUUAGGAAGGUUUAUCCUAAAUCUGUGACCCCAGAUUCAUCAAAAAUUGCGUCCAAGUCUGCAGCUAUAGCAGCACUUAGUGCAAGUUUUGAACAACCUCUUCCAGCUCGACAAGUUAUCAUGCCACGCUCUGUCAAAGUGAGCCCUGAGAUACAGAAAUCAACACCUGAGAAAUCAACACCUGAGUCAAACAAUAUGGAGAAAAUGAGCAGCAGAUUAGAAUCCCUCACCAUACAGGAAGAUGUUAAAGAAGGUGAAGCUGAAGAUGAGGAAGGACUCCCAACAUAUCCGUAUGAACGCCUUAAAAUCAAUUCGACAGAUCCUGCUACUGAAAUUGAUGUGACAAAGCGAGAGACUUACCUCUCAUCGGCAGAGUUUAGGGAGAAAUUUGGGAUGGCGAAGGAUGCCUUCUAUAAGAUGCCAAAAUGGAAACAGAACAAGCUUAAAAUGGCCCUUCAGUUGUUCUGAGUCUCCUUCAUGCCUCUGCUUUUCCUUCAGUUCCCUGCGGCAUUAGAAAGCUUAUUUGUGAAUCUUGGGGGAGCACAGUUUCUCAGAACUCAGAAGUGAAAGGGACAGCAUCAGUGCAUUUUUAGCUGCUUCUGCUCCCAGGAAGCUUGUUUCAUGAUUGAUGAACAGAACCAGAUUUUUUUUUCCCAAUUUUUUUUUUCUUUUUCUCAAUCUGGUGGUUUGGAUGUCUAGCUUUAUAAAUUCCCCUAUUUUUGGUUGAGUUAGUUGAUUGGUAUUCUUUAUGGUCACAGGUUUGUUGUGAGCUUGCAUUUUUUUUUUCUCAUUUUUCAAUUGAAAUAUUGAUUUAUGUAGUGACUAGGCGCUUGAGAAUUCAGACAGCUUAGGAUGUAUUUUACAACUGAGGAUGGAAGUGUGUACAGCAGAGUGUAAAAACCAGUCCACUCAUCAUUUGUUUUUAAUAAAAGUGUGUUUUUUUUUGUUCUUUUACAA